GGGUUGGGCCUGCCUAUCUCAUAGACCCAGUUGGUAAAAGCUUGGGUGGUGAUGGUUGUUGUGAAGUGUAAUAAGAAAAAGAAAAAUUGAAGGGGAAAUCAGUCAGUGUAAGUGUGAAGUAGGAAAAUGCUGGGUCGCUUCGCCGCCGCAAAGCGUGUCCUUGAGAUCCGUGAGCUUCUCACCCGUCGUCACACAUCGUCACCGUUGAGAUCCUUCUCCACUGCCCUUAACUACCACCUUGAUUCGCCGGAUAACAAUCCCGACCUUCCCUGGGAGUUCACAUCUGCUAACAAACACAAGGUCAAGGAAAUAUUAUCCCACUAUCCAUCAAAUUAUAAGCAAUCUGCAGUGAUUCCUCUGCUAGAUCUUGCACAGCAGCAGCAUGGAGGGUGGCUCCCUGUUUCAGCUAUGAAUGCAGUAGCUAAGGUUAUAGAAGUUGCUCCUAUCCGUGUAUACGAGGUUGCAACAUUUUAUUCUAUGUUCAAUCGAACAAAGGUGGGCAAGUACCACCUGUUGGUUUGUGGCACUACACCCUGUAUGAUACGUGGUUCUCGAGAAAUUGAAGAUGCUUUGCUGAAACACCUAGGAGUGAAGCGCAAUGAAGUAACUAAAGAUGGUCUGUUCUCUGUUGGAGAAAUGGAAUGCAUGGGAUGUUGUGUGAAUGCUCCCAUGAUUACAGUGGCUGAUUACUCUAAUGGAUCUGAAGGAUAUACUUACAACUACUAUGAAGAUGUUACUCCCAAGCGAGUUGUUGAGAUAGUUGAAUUGUUAAGAAGAGGGGAGAAGCUACCGCCUGGUACACAAAAUCCAAAACGUACAAAGUGCGGACCAGAAGGAGGGAAUACUACUUUGUUGAGUGAUCCCAAGCCGCCUCCAUGCCGAGAUCUUGAUGCCUGCUAAAGUUUUGGUAUUUGUUGUCUCAAAUAAUGUAAAGCCUGGAUAUUGUCAGGCUUCCAUGAGUCAUUGGCUCUUGUUGAAUCUGUAUGAUUCUCAACCAUUUUUAGAAUUUCCUGUGACAGUAUGAAUCUGGUAUAUGACUUGGUAAAUUUCCUGUGCCAUACAAUUCCUUUUGAGUCA